CCGCCUCCGCCAGCGGCCGCCGUCGCGUCGUCCUCUCCCACACGAAGCCCCCACCCCAACCCACCGAGCUCCUCGUCUCCGGCGGCGUAAGGAAGCAGCAGCCAUGGUGAAGGGACGCACGGGGCAGCGCGUCAGGCUCUACGUCCGGGGCACCAUCCUCGGCUUCAAGAGGUCCAAGUCGAACCAGUACGAGAGCACGUCGCUGGUGCAGGUCGAGGGGGUGAACACCAAGGAGGACGUGGCGUGGUACGCCGGGAAGCGCCUGGCGUACGUCUACAAGGCCAAGACCAAGAGCAACGGCACCCACUACCGCUGCCUCUGGGGCAAGAUCACCCGCCCGCACGGCAACUCCGGCGUCGUCCGCGCCCAGUUCAAGUCCAACCUCCCCGCCGAGUCCAUGGGGCGCAAGGUCAGGGUGUUCAUGUACCCGAGCAGCAUCUAAGGUUUUUUCGAUCUAGGGCCAGUAAUGCUUGUUUCUUGCGAUUGUCAUGAGCCGAGAAAUGUCAUUUUAUGGUGAAUCUAUGCUAUGUUGGCAACUGAAACUGAUCAUGUAUUCUGAGAAUCUGUGGAAGUUUUGGCUAGACUUGUUUGUCAAAUGUGUGGACCAUUUUAGUACAUUUCUAUAUCAGCACUAAAGCGUAAUUUGUCAUGA